UUUCCUUGCUACCGGCGAGCAGCAAUAUGUUUCACUUGAUUCCCGGCUGCGACUACGCCUCGAACGUCUUCCGAGGAUCGAAAAUGUCCGGGCACCACGUGGCUGACCGGCGAGCAUGAGAAAGAGGACGCUGGACAGCCCGAUAAUAUUUCGCCGGGUCCCAAGCUUCCGGUCCAAACGCGUGCCCGGCAGGCUUAUCGGUCGCCUCUUCAACGGAAAGAAUCGAAUCUGCAGUUUUCCGAUUCUCCCCCGAGAUUCCACGUUAAAACUUCUCGUGACGCAGCAGCGACUAUCGGACACGGCGAAUCGCGCAGUGUAAUUCUGUAAUAAUGUGAUACGUGAUAAUAGUGAUGUUUGUUCGUGCACAUCAUCGUGCUAUUCCCAAAAUCCCGUUAGUCCGUGAAUCGCCGCGCCCAAUUUUCCUCGGAACGCCGCGAGGCCGGCAGACAACAAAGCUGAUGACGCGGAGAUGCGUCAAAUCUAACCUGCCCCGCGGCCCAGAAACGGGGUGUCAAGUUCGAGCGGCGAGUGUUACCGCGGCCGCUGGAGAAACUUCGCUCGAGCCGCUUCUACGGUAAAAUGCGCCAAACGAAUGGUUCAAUUGUGUCCAAGUGCACGAAAUUGCUGCCUUCCUGUCGUCGAACGGUGCCGAAUCGAAGCGCGCGACGAGCCGGGCCGUACUGCAACCUAAAAGGGUGAUUGGAAUCCGAUUUUCCGGGGAAAGGUUUCGCCGUCCGCUCGAGAGAUGCGGAACAGUAAAUCCGGUCGACAAAAUAUCGAUCUCGCGAGCAGAACAGCUCGUUUCAAAAGCAAAAGUCGCGUGGCUUACAUAAGAACGGGCGCAAAGACGGGGCGGGAGCGCGACACGAAGGAAAUCUGAGCAAAACAUUCACGGAAAAACAUCAGAUGUGACGAUCACGUGUUUGCCUCCAGUCGACAUCCCCUGGAAUAGUGUCGAGAUUAUCGUUGGUUCGUCGCGGAACGAAACCUGGUUGCGAGAAAUUCGUCGCGGGAACGGUUCUGACGCGGUGAACCGUGUUGGCCAAUUUCGCAGAUUGUCCCUAUCAGCCGGCAGUGCGUCGAAACGUUUCCGCCCUUCGUUUCGGAGCGGCGUACAGUGGGGCAUUUGCCCUGCAAAGCUGGCCAAAAGGUCAGAUUUUACUUUCAACUAAAAUGAAUAACAUUUUGUCCCUGUAUUCUUCAAUAGUUCUAAAAGCAAACUGUGACAUUGUUUUUUUUUAAACAGCAAUAUUUAGUAAAAUAUGUUAUGCUUGAUAAUGAUCGAUUCUUGCGCUUGAGGGAAAGACUAAAAUAUUCAUACCGAAAAAGUGAAUUUUUCUAAGUGCACUGAUGAAAAAGUGCAGAAAAGACACAUGUGGGUGGUAAUAGAAGGUAUGUAAAGUAAGCACAUAAUAAACCAAAACUUUUUUCUCAUAAUUUAAAGGGGCAUUCUAGUGUAACGGGUCAAAAAAAUCAGUUUGUUCUACAUAUAUAAAAAGUACGUCACUUUAAAGACGCAUCCGUAUAUUUUUAAAGUCAUACUCGAGAAAAUCAAAGUGCUUGAUUCGAUCAAUGAUUGAAUUCAAUCAUCUAUAAGUUGCAAUACAUAAAAUUCCGAAAAACGCGACCUUGACAGCUGUUUAAGGAGAUUCAAUUUUGAUCGUUAUGGUAUUGUAGCUUAUGUCUAAAUGAAUCCAUCAAUGUGCUACAUGACCAUCUUUGAACUUUAAAUAACGCUAUAAUAGUUUUGGCCAGCUUUUCGGGUCAAAUGGCCCACUAUACGACGCCUUCCAUGAAAGUCGAUCGUGAGAACACGGAAAACGGAAUCGAACGAGAGCCCUAGUGAGCCAGAAACUGUUCCGCGUUGCUGUGACGUCCAGGAGAGGGUAUCGAGAUAUGAAAAUUCACGAGUCAACAAUUAAACGCCUAAGCCGAUAGCACUGUUUGCUUGACAUGUUGCAGUUCGUCAAAAUCGCGCACGGUGCGGUCAUUUAUUUGUACAAUCCACGGAAUCAGUCCCCCACGAAAUGCUGAUAACAACUUGAGUUGGAAAUGUACAUACUUGUGUACCUUGCAUCUUUCAAUCUCUGGCCACUGGUUAACGAGGAAGGUAUCACUGGCAUGUGCGAUAAUUACUCUCAAGAGAAGGUUCUGUUUCGCGGCGGCGACAAGGUCCUAAAUAAUGAGGGCAGCCUUUUCAACUUCGAGUUCGACAGUAAGAUAUACAAGAGUCGACUGCGACCGCGAAGAUGGUUAAUAGGCGUCCUGGUCUUCCUGCUGACAUCGUUGGUCAUAAUAAACACCUACACAACGGAUCAAUUUCGAACUGUGCGCUUCGGAAACGUUCUCAAUGUCAGUUCCCAAGAAAACUACAUAGAAUUCAAGCCUUUCUUCGCGCCCGUGGUCAAUUCCGGGUUCGUGGUGCACAAUCAAGGUUGUCGUAUCCCAGCGAUGGACCCGUUCGAUCCAGCCAUCACACGUUUCAUCCACAAAGAGAAGCCGAUCUCUUGCGAACACGGGGAUCACCUGCCACUCGUGGACUCGAACAAUACCGCGGUGUUCGUAAAUCCAGAGGCGAUACAACAUUUUUACAACAAAUCCGAGGAUCUUGACUGCUGUUGGCGACCUUUCUGGAGAAUGAAAGACGAGGAUAAUAUUAUUACAUUCGGCAGUGAGUGUUUCAGCUUCAAAAAUUCAGCGGCCGUCAAAGCUGAAUUCGUAAAAAUCGAGUGUUCCCGUGACAAGGAAGUGAUAUACAAAGAUUACCACGUGUUCCUGCCCCGUUUCCGCUCAGUGGAGCAAAAGUAUCAAAACCCGAAGUUCGUGAAUUCGAGAUCUGAAAAGCUCAGUGUACUGGUGAUCGGUCUGGACUCGGUCUCCAGACUAAACUUCCACAGAAUGAUGCCAAAAACCGUCGAAGCUUUACAGAAGCUCGGGGCCGUAGAGAUGUUGGGCUACACGAAGGUGGCCGACAACACGUAUCCAAAUCUAGUACCUGUUUUAAGCGGUCUGUCAGAGGGCGAGCUGCACGACGUAUGCUGGCAGAGGAAGAACAAAACCUUCGACGAGUGUCCAUUCAUUUGGAAGAACUUCAGCGCGGCCGGAUAUCGAACGAUUUUUGGCGAGGACGCGUGUGCUAUGACUACAUUCAAUUACCUGAAACCGGGAUUCCGCGAGCAACCGACCGACUAUUACCUAAGACCUUUCUGUAUCGCCUCGGAGAAAGACAUCGGUAACACACACAAACUGAACGCGAACCUUUGCGUCGGCACGAGGAAGACGUUCGACAAUUUGCUACAUUACAGUCAGAAAACAGCGUCGCAGUUCACCAAGGAACCGUACUUCGGAUUCUUCUGGCAAGCUAGCUUGACUCACGAUUACUUCAAUUACCCGCAACUAGGCGACGACUCCUAUCACGAUUUGAUCAAGUACCUGUCCGAGGAGCAGUUGCUCAACCGCACGGCGCUGAUAGUGAUGAGCGAUCACGGGAUGAGAUGGGGCGACUUUCGCGAGACCUAUCAAGGUAGGAUGGAGGACAGCCUCCCAUUUUUGUUCAUAGUGCUGCCAAACUGGUGGAAAGACAAGUAUCAGAUUGCCUGGGCCAAUCUACGCAAGAACUCGCGUAGCUUGACCACGGGUUUCGACCUGCACAAAACUCUAUUCGACUUGAUGGAGUCCAAGAACCUGGCUGAGCCGAUCCUCAAGGACCGUUUCAGAGUGUUAUCGUCAACGACGAAUUUGCCUCGCGGGAUCAGUUGGUUCCUGCCAAUCCCAGACUACCGGACGUGCGGCAUGGCUGGCAUAGCCAGUCACUGGUGCAUGUGCCACAGUAGCACCGACGUGUCCUUGACGGACCAACACCUACAGGAUAAGGCUGUAUUCCUAGUGAAAGAGCUGAACCAGAUGCUGAAGAAGUUCGCGCAGUGCGCGGUCCUAAAGCUAAAGGAGAUCAGAGCCGCGAAGGCGUGGAAGGACAAUGGCGAGAAGUCCGAUCUUAUCGAUUACACGAUUACAAUUCAAACGGAGCCUGGCGACGCAAUAUUCGAGGGGACGGUGCGUAACAGAGUCAAGGAUAAUACCACGGACAAAUUGGUCGGGUCAGUCAGCAGGUUGAACGCGUACGGGAAACAGAGCGCCUGCGUCGAUGAGUUCAAUAUGAGGCUGUACUGUUAUUGCCUAUAGGAUUCAUGCGUCUCGCUGCCUACCGGAGUCAAUCGUGGCUUUAACGUCUUCGGUCGUAGGUAUACUGUAUAUAAGUUGAGUCACACUGUGAUAAGAUUUUUACUUUAAGAACGCGGGAUGCUUCGUGACACCACAUACGCAACAAAUUGAACAUUAUCGUUAACACGACGCUAGCAACCGUCAUUUAACCCCUCGGAAACCCGGGCAUAGAGAGCGUUUGGAUGAUUGUGAACGCGAAUGCAAUGCGAUACUAUAUUAAAUAUCCAGAAUGAUUUUUUAAUAUCGAUGUCUCUCGUUUGAAGGUUAGUGUGGAACUGCCAAUAUCACUCGUUUAUACAUCACUGGGGAACUGUUGAUGUUACUCGUUUAAAUGUCGUUGCGAAACUGACUCUUAGUCGUCAAGGUGUUCAAUCAGUGUUCUCAAAGAAGAUGUCACUUGAAGUAAAUCCUGAGGACACUAAUUAGCCAAUGUACAUUUUUUGACGAGCGUAGCUGAACGAUAGAGGUUGAAAACAGUUAUAAUAUGGGUUCCGGUUCUUGAAACAGUUAUGGAGAACCGAAAUAGAGUCAUAACUACUAGCUGCAACGGUUCUGAGUUAUAUCAAUUUUGGUUCUGCAUUUCUUUCAGAGCAAUUAUUAAUAACAGUUAUGACUUUAUUUUGGUUCUCCAUAACCGUUUCUGUCGAAACCAAUAUAUAACAGUUUCAAACAAUUAUUUUUGAAACCUUUUCAAUCUCUGCUUAACGCGGGAAAAAUGGGUGUGUAACCGAUUUUCCUCGCUUGUCCUCCCAUUGAGGGUUCAGAAUCUCGGGACAACUCAAGGCUACGAAACUACCACCUUAUUACCCAUGUGUGACAUUAACAAAAGCAUUAUUUUUGUUUUGUGUGUUUCCCUUGAUUGGUACCUUAUGCUAUAUUAAGAAGUCACGGGUCGCAGAAUUCUUUGUCUAGUUAGGAUAAUAUAGCGACAGGGCUCAGGAUAGAAGAACAAGCAGCGCAGUUUCACACGAUUUUACACGUCCGAACGAUCGUCGGUCCUCAAAUCGAGAAUAAACGCUAAACCAUACUCUUACGCCCUAACGACUGUGUUGUAUAGCUUUAUUACUUUUCCUGGACAUUAUACAAGACACUUCUUCAAUCUUGUUACGUAAGUCGGUGUCCAGGAACCUGUUAAGGGUGUCAAGAUCAUUCUUUUUAACUUUAUCGUACAAAGGGCCUUUUGUAGAACGCCAACAAAAAAUCUAAUUCUACUUCAUGCGUGGGAGACAGAAAAUUACUUCAAUUUGUUAAUUGAAAUGCGGUGUAAAUUAUUAUAUAAAUAUAUAAAUAUAUUUUACUAUUUAUAUUAUACUAUAUAAAUAUAUUCUAUAUAUUUGAUAUAUUUAUAUAGUCCCACAACUGAAUAACAUUCGCUUGAAACAUUUUUCAAAACCUUACACGUAUCAAAGAUUCCAACGGUUUGAAUUGUUUGUAAUAGAAUUCUGACUUCGAUGUACACAUAUUUGAACGCCUUCAUUUUGUUGACAUUAGCGAUACGCUGACAUUCUUGGCAAUCGACAGAAAACGAAGAUGGUUCAAGGGAACGACUAUAACGUGUUAAUUUUUAAUAAUCAAUAGUUUUAUUUAAUUUAACAAGUGCUUAAAGUGAACAACAUUUACCUUCACGCAUUCUUGGGUGCAUUUGAAAAACUAUGACUGCAACAUAUUCAUUUUUAAUGGUCAAUGCGAAUACUGUUAUUUAAUUUCAUAAAUGCUCAAAGUGGUGCUCCAGUUAAUUGCAAACAUUUUUAGAGGCAUUUGGUCCGCCGCAUACGCUGAUUCAGUAUCCGCGGUUUCAAGCUAAUCUCUGAAACAAAAUGUUCCAGAAAGAAUCGAGAACCUUCUUCUUUCUCUUCUUAUAUUUUAACACUUUAUGUACGUGUAAUAAACUAAUAAAAUUAUAUUAUAAUAAAACUAGCAAUUAAAUGAAUUCAAACCUCAUGUACAACCCUAUGUAAUAAAUAAAGUAAAUGUAGGAAAAGAAAGGUAUGACUAUGCAUAUAUGAGUGAUGUGUGCAUGUAUGUAUGAAAUAGGGUUCCUUGCUAUUCAUGAAUUUCAGUGUCCGCGGGAGGUCUUGAAAUGAAUCCUCCGCGGAUACGGCGGGCCUACUGUAAAUCGAAUGUAAUAUGGUCAACGGAAUGAAAAAUGCAUGGAACCGGGGCCCGAGGGUUAAUUGCGUGUGCUCACAUACAGCGAAAGUUUUAUGUACAGGGCACAUCGUAGGAAAUGCUGACAUAGUACAAUUAUGGAUAGACUGCGGAUAUCUACGCAUUUAUACCUUAGAAAGAUCUACCUUAGCCAGUUAACUGCAUUUAACGAGUAUACCCGUAAACUUAAAAUCCAAAAUAAUACUAAUUCUUUCAACAAUUAAUUAUUUAUUCCUUCAAAUAAACAUGUCAUUCUUUUUCGUACUACUUUAGUUGUUCAUUUGAAUACAUAUUAGGUGCAUUCGUUCUACGUUCGACGUGUGUGUAUAUUAGUGAUUGAUUGAUUUUAUCACACACCCCAUGAGAGAUUUUUAAAAUUAAAUUCUACAGUUAACUGGUUAACAAAAAUUGUAUAUUAUUGUUCGUAUUAUUUUUCAUUUAUGGAAAAUAUUAUAUUUAAUAUAGGAAAUACACAUAAUUGUAUUCUACCUCGAUUACUUCAGGCUAUGAAAACAUAAAUUUGCAGGAAAAUCCGCAGUCUAGUUAUAGGAUAAAAAAUUUAAUCGAAAUUCAAUGAUCAAUAUCUCAAUUGAUACUUGAUCAUUAUUCAUAUGAAGAAUUGAAAGCCAAAAAUUAUUCUUUAUUAAUGACGACAGAAAUAAUAUCUUCGUGAAAUGAUCAUAUUUGGUCGAAUACUCUGUAUUUACACUGUAAAUAAAAUUACACUGUAAAUUUUAUAGAUACAUCGACUUAAUUUGAACCAUAUGCGUUCUUUUUUUAUAUUAUAAAAUUGGAUAAGUAUGGCGCUGGAUUUGUUAAGAGUACCAUGGAUAAACUUGUACUGAAUCCAAUACAAGCCUAAUAUUGCCUAAAUUUUGAGAUAUUAAUGUAAUUAUUUAUUAAUUAAUAAAUAAUAUGAUUUACAGAAUUUCCUUGUUUAAUAUAUUUACAUACAUGUACGUAUUUAAUGUUCUUGCUAUGAUAAGGGAAUAGUGCUUCUAAUGUUUAUGUUACAAUAUUAAAAACGAUAUUUACUUUAAAAUUUUAUUAUGUAGUAGCUUCCAUAAACAUAAAUCCUAAUAACAAAAUUGCUAUACUGCAAAUCAGUCUAUUUCGUCUAACAUUUUUUCUUAAAUUCAUGGAAAUAGCAAUAUGAUUUUCGUUAAUUAUUAUAAAAUAUUGAAUUGAUGUCAAUUUUAAACACAUAACAUCUCAGAUAUGCGUUACUGGAAUAUUUACAUGGGUAUGAGAUGAGCUUGAAUGAAGCAAAAAAUAUCCUAUGACACCAUGUCUAAACAAUUUUUAAUUAAAAGUGAGAAAUCUUAAAAUGUUUAAAUAUUUUAAUCUGUCUUUAAAAACAAAAACAAAAUAAAAAAGUAUUAUUACAUUUCACUGCAUAUAUAAAUGACACCACAAAUUACAUCAAAUAAGAUAUUUACAUCACAGAUACAUUGUCUCUAGCAAACCUAAUGUUCUUAGAACGCUCUCUCGUACACGUUAUUUUCUCAAACAAUUGUUAUGUCUAUAUAAGUUAACAUCUUUGAUUAUGUUUGUCAUAGACAUUAAUACUAAGCUACAUUACAUUUCAAAAUUACAUAACUACCAAUUUUUCGUGCUAUGGAGACAAAAUAGACAUGGACUCGUAGGACAUUUUUUAUAAAUAUUUUGUAUCAGUUUCAAAUAACCUUCCAUUGUUGAUCAAUUUAAAUAAUAUUAGAAUUUAAUAUUUAAAUGAUUUUAUCAUACAAAUACAUACAACUAAAAUCAUUCAUUAGAAAACAUUUUUCUAUUACUUUGUAAUAUGAUUAUAAGAAUAUAAAUAUUUUUAAUUUCUUAUAUAUAUAUAAACUCUAAUUUCUUAUAUAAUUAGAAAUAUGACAGUAAUAUACAAAUUAUAAGUGGUUUUAGGUCCUCAUUUGAAUGAGUAUAAUAAAAAAGUUACUUAUGAAAGAAUAACAAAGAAUUACAAGUAUGUUGUACUGAAUGAAGGAAUUAUAACCUAAACUCUUGAAAAGAAGACAUAGAAUUACGUUACAGACACUUUUGUAAAGUAAGAGAAAUAUUUAAUAUAAUGUAAACACCUUUUUAAUAAAAAUCUUAAAUGCAAGUUAAAUAACUUAACAAGUAAUUACUUGUUAUUGACAAUGCAUUGUGGUUUACAUUUCAUUACCUAU